CAUGUCAUUAAAUUCAUCUACACUUUUAAAUGAAGAAAAUGCUCAAGGACUAAAACCAAACACUAAACAUUUAGAAAGUCCAGAAUUUCAGACUCCAUCAUCGUUUCAAGAUAACCCACUUCAAAAAUUACAGUUAGCAUCGCAGGAAGUACUUGAAAAGGCAAAGAAGAGUGGAAGAUCAAAGUGUCCACGAUGCAGCAGUUCCAGGAUGUUUUACUGUUACACAUGCUUUGUUCCUGUUGAAACUGUCCCUACCAAAGAAAUUCCGGUUGUAAAGUUACCUUUGAAGAUUGACAUUAUUAAACACCCAAAUGAAACUGAUGGCAAAAGCACUGCUGUGCAUGCUAAGCUCCUGGCACCUGAUGAUGUUACAAUUUAUAAAUACCCUUGCAUACCAGAAUACAAAGAAAAAAGGCAUGAAACAGCACUUAUCUUUCCUGGGCCCAAUUCCAUUUCAGUGAAAGAUAUUGCUCUCCAUCUACAAAAAUAUGCUAAGAAAAGCAUUUGUGACAAUGACGAUGACUGUUCCAGAGAGCCAUUUCUUAAGCAAGCAAAAAUAGAACCCGAAGAAGAAAAACAUUUAGAGGAAUGCGUCUCAAGCAACAGGAAGGAAAGCACUAGACUGAAGAAAAUAGUAUUUAUUGACAGUACCUGGAAUCAAACUAACAAAAUAAUAACUGAUGAACGACUUCAAGGGCUGCUACAAAUUGAGUUGAAAACAAGAAAAACUUGCUUUUGGCGUCAUCAGAAGGGAAAACCAGAUACGUACCUUUCCACAAUAGAAGCAAUUUACUAUUUUCUUGUGGACUAUCAUCAGGAGAUUUUGAAAGAGAACUACAAAGGACAAUAUGAUAAUAUGCUUUUUUUCUUUUCAUUUAUGUACACAUUGAUUAAAAAUGCUAAGGGUUGUGCAGGCAAAGAAUAAAUGAAGAUGACAAUCCAUAGGUGAGUAACAUAAUAUGUGUUUCUUUUGUAAGGAUAAA